CUUUUACUCAUCUUCAAGAACAUCUAUAAAUAAUUCCAUAAUUUUAUUUGUCGCUAAUAUACUUGAAAUAUGUACAAACAUAGUGCCACAAACUUGCUACACCUGCCAGAAGUCGACGUAAGUGAAUGGCUUAAUUCAUUUGAUUCAAUAAUAACCGAUUGUGAUGGUGUUGUAUGGCUUUUCAACAAUCCAAUCGAGGGCAGCGUUGAAACUAUAAGCAAGUUCAAGGAAAUCAACAAGAAAGUAUUCUUCUGUACAAACAACUCAACCAAAACACGGAGGGAAAUUCUAGAGAAGGCUAACCGAUUGGGAUUCAAGAUGAAUGAGGAUGAGAUCAUUUCCACAGCUCAUGCCGCUGCGACUUACCUUAAAAAUCGCAACUUCAAAAAAAAAGUGUUUGUGAUUGGCAGUGAGGGAAUCACCAAAGAGCUCGAUGCACUGGGAAUCGAUCACAACAAAGUUGGCCCAGAUCCCAUUACAUCGAACAUCAAUCAAUACGUAUCUGAAGACCUUAAACUUGAGACCGGAAUAGGAGCUGUGAUUGUUGGUUUCGAUGAGCAUAUUAGUUUCCCAAAGCUCACCAAAGCUGUAUCGUAUUUAAAUGACCCCGAAUGUAUUUUCCUGGCAACAAACACUGAUGAGCGUUCAGUGACGCCAAGCUAUGUUAUUGCUGGAAAUGGUGGUAUAGUAAAAGCUGUCGAGACCUGUGCCGAACGAGAUGCUAUUGUUAUUGGAAAACCUAACCCAUAUAUUUGUGAGUCAUUGAUACGCGACGGAAUAAUUAACCCUAAAAGGACCCUCAUGAUUGGUGAUAGAUGCAACACAGACAUUAUGCUUGGCACCAAUUGUGGAUUUCAGACACUGCUGGUCGGCUCAGGAAUUCAUCAAUUUGAUCAUGUGAAAGCUCUGCUAGCAAAAGGCACCGAAGAAGCUAAGAAACUUGUUCCUGAUUUUUACCUUCCAAAGUUGGGAGAUCUCUUCAAAUUUUUGUAA